UCUCUUGUCUCCUGGUCUCGGCGGCGAUCCCUAUCACGGUCAGCCAUAUGCGACCUUCUGCGCAGAAACUAACAGGAAUAUCAUGCAGUCUCGAACAUGCUGAACCGCCUCCACGGGCAACCCGAAAGCUACGACAAGAAGGCCAAGUACCGAUUUGGGCGCACCCUCGGCGCCGGCACGUAUGGCAUCGUCAGGGAGGCAGAGGGUCCCGAUGGCCGGGUCGCGAUCAAGAUCAUUUUGAAGAAGGUCGUCCGGGGCAAUGAGCGCAUGGUCCUCGACGAGCUGGAAAUGCUCCAGCGACUCCAGCACCCGCACAUUGUUAAGUUUGUGGACUGGUUCGAAUCAAGAGACAAGUACUACAUCGUCACGGAGCUCGCGACCGGUGGAGAGUUGUUCGAUCGGAUUUGCCAACAGGGCAAGUUCACUGAGAAGGAUGGGUCUCAAACCAUUAAGCAGGUCUUGGAAGCGGUCAAUUACCUGCACCAGAACAAUGUCGUCCAUCGUGACCUCAAGCCCGAGAACCUCCUCUACCUCACCAAGGACCUAGACUCGGAUCUGGUUCUGGCCGACUUCGGCAUUGCGAAGACGCUCGGCACCAAGGAUGAGGUCCUCACAACUAUGGCUGGGUCAUUCGGGUACGCGGCGCCCGAGGUGAUGCUCAAGCAGGGCCACGGCAAACCCGUCGACAUGUGGUCGCUGGGCAUCAUCACCUACACGCUGCUCUGCGGCUACCCGCCCUUCCGCUCCGAGAACCUCCAGGAUCUCAUCGACGAGUGCAGUGCCUGCCGCGUCGUGUUCCACGAGCGGUAUUGGAAGGACGUGAGCGAGGAUGCCAAGGACUUCAUCAUGGGGCUAUUGCGAUCGAAACCGGAGGAGCGCUGGUCGAGCGACCGCGCCCUCGCUCAUCCGUGGCUGAGCGGCCAGAACGCCUCCGACCACAACUUGCUGCCCGAGAUCCGCGCCUACCUCACCCGUGCGCGGCUGCGCCGCGGCAUUGAGAUGGUCAAGCUCGCCAACCGGAUCGAGGCCCUCAAGAUUCAGGAGGAGGACCCCGAGAAUUCGGAUAUGCCCAAAGACGCCACGUUAGCAGCGGACCAAUCGCGCCACUAUUCCCAUUCCUCUAGCGCUAACAACAAUGCUUCGGACAGUGGUUCUGCUGCCGUUCCCAGUGCUCCCGCCGCGGACUCGGGCAGCAGCGGCGAUGGCGGCAAACGUACGCUAUCCAAAACCAUCAAGGGCGCCAUCUUCCGCGAGGUGGUUCUUGCCAAGGUGCGCGAGAUGAAGGAGCAGGAGGAGACGCUCAAGGUGACCGAGGAGGCCUCGAAGACGGGUUAAGGGACGGGGGACAACACCGCCGUAGCUUGAAUAUAGGCGGAUACCAAAACGCCGGAUGGUUUGGGAGGACUAGGUUGUUCGAACGGACUGGGAGGGAAUCUUUCUCCAUACCCCCUACUCUGAGUUCUGGACGAGGAGUGGGUUGCUUUCAAAUGUGCUGAUAUCUCGAGGUUUAUUUUGC